AUGGACUGGCAGCACCUAAAGCAGCUGAAGCCAUCCUACAAAAAGGCCCAGCUGAAAACCCCAAAGUCGAGGCUUGUGGACUUCAACGGGAACCCCAUUGGAAUCCUGGGCAGGGCCACCAUCCACAUCAAGUACAACGAGUUCAACGGAGAGCUGCCCAUCACGAUCGUGGAGCACAGUCGACCGAACCUGUUAGAUGUGGCCGUGCACACCCAAAAGGACCCCACACUCCGCCAAGUGAAGUCCUGGAUCCUCAGAGGGUGGCCAUCGGAAAAGCCAGAGGAAAAGUUCAGCCCGUUUGCCAGGAAACAGAAGGAGCUGUCCACCAUAAAGGGCUGUCUGCUAUGGGGAGACAGGGUGCUGAUUCCAAGCACUCUGCAACGGCGGACGUUAGAGACUCUGCACAAAGGGCACCCGGGCAUCGUCUGCAUGAAGGCCCUGGCACGGAGUUACGUCUGGUGGCCCUCCAUGGACAAAGACAUUGAGCAAUGGGUCUCCAGAUGUGACCCGUGCCAAGAAGUUUGCCCAGCACCGCCGCAAUCCGAAGUCGCAAAGUGGGAGACCCCCAGCAACCCCUGGUCGAGGAUCCACAUUGACUUCGCGGGUCCGAUGCAGGGGCGACACCUCCUCAUCGUGGUAGAUGCCUUCUCCAAGUGGCUCGAGGUGGUACCCAUGGCAUCUACCACAACAGAAGCGACGAUCCGAGCCUUGCGCCGCCUGUUCGCCACACAUGGACUACCGGACGUGCUGGUCUCGGACAAUGGCCCCCAGCUCACAUCCCUGGCCAUGGAGUCCUUCCUGGCAGGACUGGGCAUCCGCCACGCCCUGUCCGCCCCUUACAGGCCGGCCGGAAACGGACAAGCUGAACGCAUGGUCAGACUGACCAAAGAAGCCCUCACCAAGAUGAGAAGGUUGAGGUCACCCUUGGACCGGCUGCACCCCCAAUACAGCCCGGAAGUGACCGCAACCGCCAGCCGCCCGCUUCGCGCCUUCAGCAACGGAGAUUCAGUUUUCGCGCUGAAUUUCAACGGCUCUCCUAAGUGGCUGAAGGGGAAGAUUGCCAGCACAACCGGCCCCAAAUCCUACACCGUCGAGUUGGAAGAUGGACAGGUCUGUAGACGUCACAUCGACCAACUCCGGAAAAGGUGGGGGGGAGCACACGAAAACCAGCCUGACGAGGGAGGCCUACAACACCCAGACGAGGUAGGCCUCCAACACCCCGGCGAGGUAGACCUACCACACCCAGGCGAGGUAGGCCUACCACACCCCUGCGAGGCAGAGCAACGCCAUCCCGACAAGGUCGGCCCGGCACACUACCAGGUACUGUCACAUCGGCAGUCCAGCGAGGUCGACCACCACCAACCAGACGGGGUAGACCAACACCAGCCCAACCGAGGGGCCCAACGCCACCCCUGCGAGGUCGGACAGCACAACGACAACCAGCACCACCCACAGCUGGCGGACCGGACCCGAGGGCACCGAGCGGAACCACCACCCAACCAGCAGCAAGCCGGACCGCGACCGAACUGCAUCGCCCGGGAGACCAGGGAGGAUUAUGAGUAUAUAGACAUAAAGGAUAGUGUUCGCGAAGUCGUGAGUCUUCUCCUCUCCGCUCCUAAUGAAUUCCGACACUUCUCUAUGGGCUCUCCGGGUCCCGCGCCCCCAAAGGGAUCCCCAAAACACGGUGAUAAAGGGUGUCGAGGAGUAGCGAUCACUCACUCGACACCAUAUCGCCGCAAGUCACCAACCGGAAGAAAUAACAGGCCAGGGGAGGCCUGUGGAGGUGCCAUUUUGGCCUAUAACAGACCUGUGGAGGCCUCGGAGGGUUGGAUGUGCCCAUGGAAGCUUCAUUUUGGCCAGCAACGGGCCUCUGGAGGCCCCCACUCUCCCGUUUUGGCCAGGAGAGUGCUGCAGGAGGCUAGUCCCGAGAAUCGAACAAGAGACACGGGAGGCGCGGCUGCAUGGUUUCCCUUCCCCGAGGCAGGUGGAGAAAGGGGCGCAUGUUGCCUCUUCUCGCACCCAUAG